AUGACAGACGUCCAUAUCGCCAUCUACCGCCGCGCUGAAAAGGGAAAACUGCGCCACUGGGCCAUUUGGUUGCAGACAUCCCCGUCCGAGGAAUCCGUCAUCCUUCAAGUUACCGACGACAUGAACGGCUAUGGCUAUCGUAUCGCUGAUCCAAUUUACGCCAGCCCUUUCCACACAGAAAAGGUCGAAAGCGUCAUCUAUUGCGGCUCCAUUCGCCAAGAGAAUCAUGGUCGUGCAGUGGACGCGAUUCUACAUUACCCGGUGCAUAAUCGAGGAACUGCGUGGAAUUGCCAGUCAUGGGUUCUAGAGUGCUGGGAUUUGCUGGUCCAAAUGGGACUCAUGGAGUCUUGUUCUCAGGGAAUAAAUUGUGUGGAGUUCCUGCGGGAGUAA